GGCGACUGACACAUUAGGCGAGUGACACGCUGAAUGGUGCCAGGAACACACGCAGGUUCUCGGGAGUGGCGUCGAGUUGCAGGGAGCUACAUGGGGACAUCUGACCACAGCGCAACGUCAGCGGAGUCACUGACUCCAGUUUCUUCUAUUCGGACAUGUGGUCACCAACAGAGUAGUGUUAGCGGAGUCACUGACUCCAGUUUCUUCUAUUCGGACAUGUAGUCACCAGCAGGACAUUUUUAGCCGAGUCACUGACUCCAGUGAUGGCACCAUUUCUGGACUCCUGACGUCACCGGUCUUGGAUCACGUCUCAUGCGGGUCACAAUCUAGGUCAGAGGUCACGACCCACAAUCCAGCCGUGUCAAGCUGACACCUGUGAAAUAUUUCAACCAUGCCCGGACAUCAAAGUUCUGAUACCAAGAGGAUUGAGGUUAAGAUUAAAGCACUAAUUAGCCUGAUUAAUUAGCCUUGAUUAAAGCACUGGACCAGCUAUGUCACGCUCUGGAUAGUGACGAGGAAGUGAAUUCUCUUCUCCAGAAUGGCAAGUGAACCAACCUCCCCUGUAACAUCCAACGUAACAUCCAACGUAACAUCCAACGUAACGUUCAACGUAACAUCCAAUUUGCCGUUUACGACAAAUAUCUCAACAAUAGACCCCUCUACUGAUAUACCUAAAGAUGUUCUCAUCGGUGCUUGUGUUGGGUCUGUAGCCGGAUUAGCGCUACUCAUUCUACUGAUCGUCCUCUUGGUCAAACUGUGUCGGAGGAGAAACAGGAGGCCAAAAAGACCAAUACCAGUUCUACCCGACCCUAAUACUAUGCUACCAUAUGUACCUCCUGAGAUAGACGUUGAGCCAGCGAGUACUGAGGAUCCAGAGUUCUCUACAGAGUUAUCUGUCCAAUCUCCAGAGAUAGACAUCCUUGAUGUAGAAGAUGACAGCAGCAGUGCUGGGAGUAAUUACGUCAACGCUGAAACGUACCUGCCCCCAUCCAGCACCCCCCGCCCCGUGCAACCGACCAAGUCGUUUAACGGUAUCUCAGAUGUGAAGAAGACGGCCCUGAUACCCAAGGCCGUGUCUGAGGCCAAUAUCCCGAGUGGCCGAUUGUCUAAACCACAUGACGAAACAGAGCAAUGCCCUUACUUCGAUAUGAAGCCUAAAACCAGGCUUCAACCGACACCGCCCCCGCUAGCCCAUGUCGGCAAAAAGCCAGGCUCUGGUUACGUUAACCAGCCUGAGGGACAGGCACAUCCGGUUGGGGUAGAACCACAUCCGGUUGGGGCAGAACCACAUCCGGUUGGGGCAGAACCACAUCCGGUUGGGGCAGCUGAGGACUCUGGCAGCGACUCAGGAGAACUCUACUUGAACUAUGAGCCACAGGGUCAUGCUAUGUCAAAUGUUAACAAAGCACAAUCACAGAAACACAAUCAGAUCAAACAUACAAAAACACAACCCGACGCAAAAAGAAAGCCAAAAGCUAACACACUACAGCCGAUCAACAACACCGAGCAAGCCCAUAACACAGACGACGCGUCAGAGAAACCCCAGAAGUACAUAAAUGUGGAAGACAUCGUGUGCACCCCACCUAAAUCUAGCUCAAUGAGAAAAGAGGUUAAUCCCCCCGUGAAAAUUGUCGUUAAUCCCAAAUCCGUUGAAUCACACUCCCCUCGCUCGGACUCCGAGGUUGAUAUGUCAGAGGAGGAAGCGCAGGAAGACUACAUAAACAUGGCCAAACACGAAUUCCACCCCAGCCAGGUAUCUUCAGCCCCACCUCCACCCCCAUCAGUAACGCCAUCGCCAUCUAAAACGCCACCUAUGGGCGGAGUAAAUAUACUUCCUUUAGGCAAACAGCCGCCUCCCAAGGUUUCACCCAAACCGAAAGUGAACACAAAAUCAAACUUAUCCGAAUCUCCGCAGUCUGUGGCCGGCUUAAAAGAAGAGUUCGACAAGAACAGUAACCACAUCAUCAAGCCUGCACACAACACAUCGCCAGCCAAAUCUGGGAAACCACCAGUGGCGCUGCCUGCCAACAGUAAACACAAUCAAAUGUCGCCUAGCGACGAUGAAGGUCUGUACGAAAAUACUACCGUCAUUUCCAAGCUAGCCGGACCCAAACAGAGCCCCAAAUCCCAAAAUGGAAAAAUUUCAAAACCUUCUAAAGAGGGUCAUUUAUUUGCAGAACUAAAAUCUAAACUUAGUUGAAUCAACAAACAUAGACUUGCAGCAUCAGAAUAAUUUAGCGACAUCCGGCUGGCAGCAUCAGAUUAAGUACCAUGAUUUUGUGUCCAGAUUUGUGCCAAAAAUAAGCCAACAUUUUGUGUUCACAACAUUUCUUCAAUGGGAUGCACCAGGAAUGUUUUUUGUGCUCGAAAGGAUACCUGUAUUACAUUUUUUUUAAUGGCUCGUAAGGAUUCUUGUAUUCUACUUCAAAUAAUGUGAACUAGCGGAUCCAACACUAUUCUCAACGAACUAUAAUUUAGUGAAGCUUUAGUAGUUUACAGUAGGCAUACAACAACUGAGUUAAAGAUUUCAACUGAUUCCUUACCACUCAUAUUAGACUGUCGGAUCGAGUCUAAUUGAAUGGUAAUUUUCUGGUGGAUUUGAAAACUUUAAUUAAUGCAUUUUUCCAAUUGCUGAAUUGCAGUUAAACAAGGAAAUAAUAAAAAAAAAAGUAUGAAGGUCUUCAUCAACACAUUAAGUCUCCAACAUUCAGGAAUAU